AUGGGCCCCUGUACCGCCUCCUCAUGCUGCUGCCAGGCCCGUAAUCUGCCAUGGGCCCCCUGUACCGCCUCCUCAUGCUGCUGCCAGGUCCAGAGUGUCUCAUGGGUCCCUGUACGGCCUCCCAUUGCUGCUGUCUCCAUCGCCACACUCUGCCAUGUGCACUUUCAGGUCUCCUCACACUGCUGGUGUGUUCCAUUUUUUGUCAUAGGGUGCUGGCAGAUUACGGGCCUCCCAUUGCUGCUGCCAGGCCCGUAAUCUGCCAUGGGCCCCUGUACCGCCUCCUCAUGCUGCUGCCAGGUCCAGAGUGUCUCAUGGGUCCCUGUACGGCCUCCCAUCAUGCCAGGGCCCCAACAAUGCUGUCAUGCUGUCUCCAUCGCCACACUCUGCCAUGUGCCACU